AUUAGAGACUACAGCUCAUAUGGGCCACCCGACUCGACUUACCCGGAUCUUCUCUUGUUCAAAUUAAAGCAGAGAGAAAGCAAAAAAGAAUACUUUUUAUUCAUUUGGUACUGAAAGGGUCGGAGGGAGUUAACUUGCUCCGGUCAAGUCACGGCGAAGGUGUGCUUCUGUGUAAAUUUAGUCUUUCUAAUGUCGAGUAAUUGGGGAAGUAGCUCGGGAAGUAGUUCAAGAAGCGAUGUUGAGAACUCGUUUUAUGCUGAGGAACUCUUUCAGAUUGGAACAAGAUGUAGUGAGCUAAGGAAAGAAAAGGAGAUGCUGAGAGAAUCACAGUCACAGAGUGUUGAACUCGUCAGAAGGUUGGAACUGAAUGCUAAUUCGUUGUCUGAGUCUCGUUUAGAAGAUAAGAGAAGAAUUCAGACUAUGGAGAAGGAAUUGUUGAAUUGCUACCAGGAGAUUGAUUACUUGCGGGAUCAAGUAAAUGUUAGAGGCCUAGAAGUGAACUACCUGAGUGAACGUGUGCUCGAUCUUGAAGUCAAGGUAACCGAAUCAGGGAAUUUGGAAGAAGAAGUUCAAUUUUUGAGGGAGGAGUUGUGUACGUCAAAAUCUGAGCAACUACUGUUGUUGCAAGAACUAGAGAGAACAGAAACUGAGCUACAUUUGUCUAGGUUUUCUGUUGAGAAGCUGGAGGAGUCUGUCUCAUCCUUAACAUUGGAGUCUCAGUGUGAAAUAGAAAGCAUGAAACUUGAUGUAGUAGCGUUGGAGCAGGCACUCUUUGAUGCUAAGAAAGUUCAAGGAGAAAGUAUCCAAGAAAACGAGAAGUUCAGAGAAAUAGUCAAGGAGCUACAGUUGAAGUUUCGAGAGGCACAAGAGGAUGCUGAGUGCUUAGAAAAGGAAAACAAAGAGCUGAGGGAGAGAUGUGUAGCCUCUGAAAGGAAUGUCGAAGAAUAUUGUCAAAGGUUUAAAGAACAAUUGGAAAAUGAAAGUGAAACGCCUGUAAAUGCAGAGUGUUUCUUUGCUGAACUGAACCACAUGCUUCCAAUACCUGAUGAAGCUCGAGAAUGUCUCCAUGAGAUCAUCAAGGAUGCGAAACUGAGAGACGAAAUGGAGGAUAUGGCUAGACAGAUAUGUGAAUACGAAGAUAUUGUAAGGGAGCUCAAGGAUGAGUUGAAAGAAGAGAAACUAAAGGCCAAGGAAGAAGCAGAGGACUUAACACAAGAAAUGGCUGAAUUAAGAUAUAAAAUGACAUGUUUAUUGGAGGAAGAAUGCAAGCGACGUGCAUGCAUCGAACAAGCAUCAUUACAAAGAAUAGCCAAUCUAGAGGCACAGAUUAAGAGAGAGAAGAACAAGUCCUCAUCAACUUGCGUCAUACCUCUUUCUGCCGUAUAAAACAGCAAAGGUUCGAGUUAAACUUGGAAUCACAGUUAAUGCCUCGGAGAAGCCUUAAGCUAAUAAGGUUCGAAUUUGUAUACAUUUCAAGUGUACAUAAUCCAAUUUGAAUGGAAGAUUGGAAUAUAGAUUUCAUGUCUGUGAUUGUGUAUAUAUAUAUAUAUAUAGAAAUUGAGUUUUUGAAGA